AUGGACAACUCGUCUUCAAUCGUGUGCUCCCCAACAGCCGACGACGCCUUCGGGCCAAUCGUCCAGAACUGCCGUGACGGCUUCGACUUCACCCUCACUUUCGAACAAUGUCUUUUCACAAUCCUCCCCGCCUCCCUCCUUCUUCUCGUCGCGCCUAUCCGCCUCUUCCAACUCGGCAAACUCCCCAGCGCCGUCUCCGGCAACGCCCUCCGUCUAACCAAACAGGCCGCCAUCGCCGCCCUUGCCAUCCUACAGCUCACCCUCAUCGCCCUCUGGACCAAACACGAUGGCGCAGGCCGCCUGCGCACCGUGUCCAUCGCAGCCUCCUGCGUGUCCUUCGUCGCUAGUCUGGUAUUUGGUGGUCUCUCGUACAUAGAACACUCGAAGAGCCUUAAGCCUUCGUCCGUCUUGAAUACAUACACCCUCGCAUCGCUGGUGCUGGACGGAGCAAUCCUCCGCACCAUGUGGCUGUCGCACUUAAGCGUCGCCAUCAGCGCCGUCUUCACCGCGUCCUUCGCCUUGAAGGCGGCCAUCGUGAUCCUCGAAGCCCGGGAGAAGACGCGAUACCUCGUCGACGCUCGGUCGUAUAGCCCUGAAGAGACAAGCGGCAUCUACAGCCGCGGUCUCUUCUGGUGGCUCACGCCGCUGCUGUUGACUGGUUUCCGCCGUCUCCUGAAGCCAUUGGACUUGUUCGCCUUGGACGAGUCCAUGUCGGCUGUGGUGCUGAACGAGAGGUUCUGGCUGUUCUGGGACAAGUCCGGAUCGAGCUCGCAUGGCCCGUCGGACGGCUCGCCCCGUCCGCACAGCUAUCAGCUCAUCGGGGCUUGCCUCAACACGCUUCGGUGGCAACUAUUGGCUGUCGUCCCUGCGAGACUCUGUCUGCUCGGCUUCACCAUUUGCCAACCGCUGGUGUUGAACAGGUUCCUCGAGUUCCUGCAGAACCCGUCCGAAGAUGUCAACUACGGUUACGGCCUCAUCGGCGCCUAUGGGCUCGUCUACCUUAGCAUCUCCAUUGCAUCCAGCUUCUACUGGCACAAGGCCUUCCGUUCCACUGCUAUGCUCAGAGGCAUCUUGGUCGCGGCCGUAUACUCCAAAACGACAGAGCUCAGGGUAGCCCCCGGCGACGACUCCGCUGCAGUGACUCUCAUGUCAACUGAUGUCGAGGCCAUCGUCCGCGCUUGGCGCGAAAUCCACGAGUUCUGGGCCAACAUCAUCCAAAUCGCUCUCGCAACAUGGAUACUCAGCACCCACAUCGGCUACGCCGCCGCGGGGCCCAUCAUCGUGUCAGUCGUCGCGUUGAUAGUGACUCUUUCGUUUGCGCCUGCAACCCAGAAAUACCAAGUCGUCUGGAUUGAAAAGGUCCAGAAGCGAAUCGGAAUCACCUCGGCCAUGAUGGGACACGUCAAAAGCAUCAAAAUGUCGGGCCUGACGCAGAAGCUCUCCCAGACCAUUUCCGACCUCCGGCUCUCGGAGAUGAAGGCAGCAGUCCCUUUCCGUGUCAUUGCUUCCAUCUCCUCGGCCGUGGCUCAGAUCCCCCUGAUGAUCGCCCCCGUGGUCACUUUCGCCAUGUACAUGUCCAUCACGUCAAAGACUGGUGAGACGCUCGACGCGACUAAGCUCUUCGCGGCCUUGUCUCUGGUCAUCUUGUUGGCGAGCCCCUUGUUCUUCAUGUUUGAGCUCGUUCUCGACAUCAGUGCCGCCCUUGGAUGCUUCCAUCGGAUCGAGACUUAUCUCUGUGAACCUCCACGAGUCGAGUACCGAAUCAUGCCUUCGGGUUCUCAAUCCGGAUUGCAUCUGGCAGAGACUAAGACCGCGGCUGGGGACGUAGAGUUUGAGGGGGACCUCCACGAUGCCCCGGCUGUUCAUGUCCAAGGAGCCUCAUUUGGCUGGAAGUCGGAUGCCACCGAAAUCCUCGCCGGCGUCAGCUUUGGCGUCGAUUCAGGCCAGCUGCUGAUGCUCGUAGGCCCUGUGGCCUCGGGCAAGAGCACGCUCUUGAAAGGCCUGCUGGGAGAAGUCCCGAAAGUGACCGGAACAAUAGCUCUCUCAAGCGAUCGCAUUUCCUGGUGCGAACAGAGCCCGUGGUUGAUUAACGACACCAUUCAGAAGAACAUCAUCUGCUUCUCUGACUUUGAUGAAACCUUGUAUCGCCAGGUCAUCAAGGCGUGUGAUCUCGACAAGGACAUCAACCAGCUUCAGGGCGGAGACCAGACACUCAUCGGCAGCAAGGGGCUUGCUCUGAGCGGCGGUCAAAAGCAGCGCGUGGCUAUUGCCCGAGCCGUUUAUUCUCGCCCUCAGAUAGCCAUCUUCGACGACGUCUUCAGCGGCCUGGACAACCACACGGCCAAAGCCGUGUUUCGCCGGCUCUUCAGUCCCGAAGAAGGCCUCCUGAGAAGCUGGGGCACUACAAUCGUGCUCGCAACCCAGUCCGUUGGGUUUCAACCUCAGGCGGAUAUGAUCAUCGCGCUCGGGGAGAACAAGAUCGUGGAGAUGGGCACCUUUGAAGAGUGCCAAAAGACAGACGGCUACGUCAGCAGCCUCGUCGCCACUGAGGCCAAAAACAGCCAAGACGAAGACGUUAACCAGACUGACCUGGCUACUGAAGCCUCCGACGAGAUGUCCGAGAAGAAGGAAGCCAAGCCCGCCGCAGAAGAACAAGAUAUGCGGCGUCAGCUCGGCGAUUGGAGCGUCUACGGCUAUUACUUCGGAAGCGUCGGCGUCGCUCUCGUCGCCAUCAUGCUCUUCCUCCAGAUCGUCUGGGCCUUUUUCUCAACAUUUCCCACUGUCUGGCUGAAGUUCUGGACGGACCACACCGCCGAGAAUCCCAACGAGGACUCUGGAUAUUAUCUCGGCGUGUAUGCUGCCUUGCAAGCCAGCGGCGUUGUGUGCUUUGCCGUUCUCAUCUGGUUUGUUCUCGUACCAGUCGCGUCGAGGUCGGGUAUCAAUUUGCACCAAAGACUCCUCACGGCCGUCAUGCACGCUCCGCUGGCCCUCUUUACGAGCACUGAUAUCGGUUCCAUCACAACUCGCUUCUCCCAGGAUAUCGGCCUGAUCGAUAGGAACCUGCCAUUGGCUUUGGUAGUCUCGCUCGCCAGCUUCUUCACCUGUAUCGGCAAGGCCUUCCUCAUAGCCUCCGCCUCAUGGUACAUCGCCAUCAGCUUCCCCGUCCUGAUCCUCGUCUUCUACUACAUCCAACGCGCCUACCUCCGCACAUCCCGCCAGCUCCGGUUGUUGGACCUGGAAGAAAAAGCACCCGUCUACACGCACUUCCUCGAAACCCUCUCCGGCCUCCCGACCCUCCGCGCCCACGCCAUGACGACCCCCUCGAUAACCCACUCCCACGCCCUGAUCGACCGCUCCCAGCGCCCCUUCUACAUCCUCCUCCUGACGCAGCAGUGGCUCACCCUCGUCCUCGACCUGGCGACCACGGCCCUCGCCCUCCUCGUCGUCGGCCUCGCCGUCCGCCUGCGCGCCUCCGUCUCCGUCGGCCUCACCGGCGUCUCCCUCGUCCAGCUCAUCUCCUUCACCGAGACCCUCAAGAUGCUGAUCCAGUUCUGGACCUCACUCGAGACCUCCAUCGGCGCCGUCGCGCGCAUCAAGAACUUCUCCGACGAGACGCCCGACGAGGUCGAGCAGGACGCCUCGAAGCGGGGAGGGCUGGUCUCCACCGCAGCCGCGCCGGGAUGGCCCGCCCGAGGCGCCAUCGAGCUGCGCGACGUCUCGGCCUCGUACGACUCCUCCAAAACCGGAGGAGAGAAGACGCCCAAGGCCCUGGACGGCAUCACCCUCUCCAUCCGCGCCGGCGAGAAGCUCGGCAUCGUGGGACGCACGGGGAGCGGCAAGUCCUCCCUCCUCCUCGCCCUCCUGCGCCUCCUGCCCCUGUCCUCCGGCACCGUCACCGUCGACGGCCUGCCCUCCGACUCCCUCCCGCUCCUGGACUGGAGGUCGUCGCUGAUCGCCAUCACCCAGGACCAGUUCGUCCUGCCCGGGACCGUCCGGCAGAACAUCGACCCCUUCGCCGCGGUCCCGGACGAUGAUGUUGUCAAGUCGGUGCUCGCGCGCCUCGGUCUCUGGGACGCGAUCGAGGGGAGCGGGGGCUUGGACGCCGAGUUUUCGGAGGAGGCUCUGAGUCACGGGCAGCGGCAGCUUUUCUUCGUCGCGAGGGCGGUGUUACGGCGGGAUGUGGGGAGAGUUGUGUUGUUGGACGAAGCCACGAGCAGCGUCGAUGCUCAUACCGAGCGGAUGGUCCGGGAUCUCAUUCGUGAGGAGUUCAAGGAGCACACCGUCAUCGCGAUCGCACACCGCCUGGAUACCAUCGCCGACUUUGACAGAGUCGUCGUCCUGGACAAGGGUCGCGUGGUCGAAGUUGGAGAGCCUCAGAGCUUGCUGCUAGAGGGAGGGAAGUUUAGGGAGCUGUGGGAUGCGAGCAAGCAAAGCGGUGCUCCUGGUGCUUGA